AUGGAAGCCGUGACUCUGGUUCUCAUCGCGUCCCUGGUGGCGCAUCUGUACUUCUGGCCAUAUCAGGCAGAUGACUGGAACCGUGCAGAGAUCUACCUGUUGAUCGUGAGCCUGACCAUUACAGGGAUGACUACUUGUCUUAUCGCCAACGACCUGCACUGGGCGAAGUCCACUUUGACGCAGCGCGUCCUGGUGUUCCUGAUUUGCUCUAUUGCUGGAGGAAUUUGCAUCGUCAUGAUGGUCACCUUCGCCCUGGCCUACCUGGCGGAGCGGCGCCAGAGGGCCGAGGCCAAGAAGGCGGAGGAAGCGUCGGCUGCCAGGUCUUUGUCACCGGGAAGGGAGGCCGCCGCUGAGCCUCGCGCUGAUUCAACAAGAACUGUAGAUGAUUAG